GGCGGGCUUUGAUGACGUCAUUCACGUGCGUCCUCCCGCCUGCGCUCAAUCGACAAUGGCGGCGUCUCCGCUGAAGGAGGAACCUGCACCUGAAGACUGCUCGUUGCUCCCUCUGGUCUACGAUAUCAUAAAAUGCAUGGACAAGGACAGCCCAGAUGUUCACCAGGAACUGAAUAAGCUGAAAACUAAAAUCCAGGAGGCCCGAGAGCAAAUUGUGGCAAUGCCUGGCAUCGGAAUGAGCCCGGAGCAGCAGAAACAGCAGUUUGAGAACCUGAAGGAGCAGGUCCGCACGAAAAACGAGCUGCUGCAGAAGUACAAGAGCCUGUGCAUGUUCGACAUCCCCAAGUCGUGAGCGACGGCACAUCUGGUCCUGGUUUGUGAUUCUUUAGAAACUUCAAAGAUCUGACUUGUUUACUUUUACAGCGAAUGUACAAAAGAUGAAGCGUUACGUAAGGGAAGGCUUAUGAAACUGUGCUCUGGAAAAGAGGAGGAGAAGGAGAAGGCAGCUGUCUUGGUUGUCCUUAUUUUAUUACGUAUUAGAAAAUGAUUACGCCGUUCAGGUUAACAUUUCAUUUGGCUGCUUAUUCUUAUUUUAAUUUCCAAGCUUUUCAGACAGGAACAUCAAUUAAUAAAGGCAUGUCUGGUAUUUCGCUUUCA